UUAAUAUGGCAUCUAGGACAAAAAGAAUCGUAAACUUGUUUUACACAAUCCAGGAUGUAGCCAAAGACGAGUCUGAUGCUGAACUUGUCAGCAUCCUUAAAGAUUGUGAGAUGUACCUGAAUAUCUCACUCAAGAUCAUCAGUAAAUCUGGUGCUAAUACACCUAAGGCAAGCCUAGCCAGCUUGAGUUCGAGCCGAGGAUAUGGGAAAGAGGCAGUUGACAUCUUAAAACAUUGGAUUUUCUCCUUGAGUUCCAAAUAAGGAAGGUGAUGGAGUCUUCAAAACAAAAAGGAACAAGCAAGCUAAAGACUUGCUAGAUUCUAUCAGGUUUAAGAUCAUCAAACCUCCUUUUGAUAGAGAUCCAGAUGGUUUUAAUUUAUCUGAAUACAUGUCUAAAACUAACGAUCUGGAUCAGAAGAAGACGUAUUUUACAAACACAGGUACCUUGAAAGCCAGGAAGAAAUCAGGGAGGAUGCCACUGACUUAUAGAACCAAGCUCCAGAAUAGCUCCUCGCGGACUAAUCUAGUAAAAAGUUUUCUUGAUAGGGAUUUAAAACCAGAGGAACGCAAGAGAGAGCAUACAGUAGAUAAAAGCCCAACUGGAGAUUACAAGUUUAAUUGUAUUUACACAGAAGUGAGCCUAUCUAAGCCGGCUAAGUUGGAGACACCAUAUAAGCCUAAGAACGGGAAAAUAUAAGCAGUAGAUUCUUGAAUACAGCUGCGACCAGUUUGGCAAAGAGGCCUAAUUCAAAAAAUUCCAACUACCAGAGACUUCGAGAAGAAAGGGAUGGAUCGCUUGCUAGAGGUAGCGCUGAGUACACUCGGAAGAUGAGUAAUAGGUAUAAUAACACCGCAAAGCUAAGGACUCCGGCAGAUCAUAAAUCUCUGAAGAGCAAUGGCUCAUUUGUUAACAACCAGUACAGUCUUUACAAAUAUUCUUCCAGCAGGGAUGGGCUGCAGAAUAGUCGUAAUAAUAAAGGAAGUAUUGAGAAGUUUACUCCUAAGAGGAGGAUCACCCUAAACUUGGAAGAGAAGUUCUCAGCUAGUAUCCACUCUCAAAGGAACAAGAAGGAGGAACCGAGUAGUAUCGGCGCUAGGUAUGCCUCUCAGUCAAAUCUGAGUAAGAAGAGGAUCUCUAAUCAUCCUCUGAGUGACAAAAUCGGCUCUUCCGAGUCCUCAAGAAAUAAGGAGUCUUCAGCCCAUGAAAGUGAUGAGAUCCGUGAAUCUCAGGAUUUUCAAGGAAAUUUUCUGCUUGAAAAACUAGGCGAGGAAGCCUCGAUUUUGAAAAUUACAGGUGAGUAUAAAGAAGCAAAGCUCUUGGAAGAUACUCAAAGUUUUGAAGAGACAGGGUAUGAGGAAGAGAAAACAGAGAAGCAAAUCAAGAGCCAGAUGUCAGCCACUAACAGAAGUGCUGAGCAAAAGAACCCUCACAUAAUCCCUUUCUCCGAGUUUAUGAAGGAUAAGAUCAGAACUGGGCAUCUAGCUCCUUCUAAGAUUCCUGGGAUCAGCAAGCCGGUGUCUUCAGAUAGCUCUCCUACGAAGUCCAAAAGGAAACCUCCGACGUUGAAGAAGUUCAAUACAAAUGAUUAUGACAAGUUUGAGAAACCAGUAAGCCAGGGAGGUGAAUAUACCUCCAAAUCUAAGAACAACAAGGAUAAAUAUUUAAAGACGUUAAAGAACAAGUUCAGUCCUCUGUUUGAAGUCACUCUUGAGGAGAUCAGGAAUCGUACUCCUGAGAAGAGCAAGACCAGAGCAAGGCAGCCAAAGCAACAGAAGAUGCUAAGACAGUCCAAUAGCAAGGAGUCCUUUACAGAAGUAGUGAAGAGUCAGGAGCAAUCUAGAAAGAAUAUUCAAAAAGUGGCUAACGACUUGAAGAUGAAAUUGAAACAUAACUUUAUGCGUUCUAAAGAGAGGUCUCCUAAUCCUCAGAAUAGACUUAGGAAAGACCCAACUGUAGGCUCUUUGAGAAGCUCAGGCUCUUAUAAUAGCAAGAAGCAUAUUUUUGGAGCAAAGGAUGAUUCUGAUACCCCAUAUAGUCCGAAGAUUAUUGUGUCUAGGAAGAAAAGGGCAAUUACUACUUCUGAUAUUUACAACUCCCUUAAAUGUCGAGAGGAGACCAAGAAGUAUCAGUACCGCAAAAGAGCAGUGUCUAAGAGAUAUGAGGGCUAACAAAAUCUUAGAAAAUUUCUGAAAUAAUUCGUUCCAAUUGUU